AUGAAUAAUCAAGGAUGGGAUACUUGGGAAGCAGAUAAAAAUGAAUUAGAAAGCCCAAAAAGUUGUUUCAUGGCUAUUCAUGUCAAAGAAAUUACAGAAGACUCAGAGAAAGAAAAGGGCUCCAAACAUAUGAAUAUUGGAGAGUCAUCUGACUCAGAGUAUUCUUCUUUCUUACAAUGGAAAAGUUCAGAUGACAAAGAGUUCCAAGUAGACAUUAUAUUAAACAGUGGCUUUAUAAGUAACACCACUUCAGAAGAAAAACCACAGCUGAAGGGACUAUAA